AUGCCCUUCCCAAAUGCUUUACAUAACCCUGAUUUGCGUCUACAACAUCAUGUUCAAAUCGUAUUCCUUUGGCACUCUUUCAGUCUGGAAGCAUAUCGGAGCAGCGCAUUAUGGCGGUGCGUCCGCGUCCGCGACACGCUUGGAGAGCCACGGGACGCGGGCCGCGCUCAAUCCCGACAGUAGAUGGCAGCAGCCCAAGAAAGCUGAUCCUGUCCGGUUCGCCACUGCUCUGCCUUUCAGUUGUGCAGCAGCACUCGGACUGGAGGCAGCGGUGGUUUGAGGGACGUCCAAUGAAACAGAAGAGCCGCCAGCUGCUCCUUUCGACUUUUAAGCGUAGCCUGUCCUCCGCACCCGGAGACAGCACGUUCUGAAACCGCCAUGGAAGACAAAUCCAAUUCGUUCUCGAGCAACAAAGAGGAGAAAGCGGAUGGGAAUAAUGUGUUCCAGAGGCAAGACUCGCUCUUGAAGAACAGCAUGGGGAGCCAGAACAUGAAAGAACACGGCAACUCAGUGAGUGCAAAGGGGGACCGGGAAGAAGCCAUGGUCGGGUUUGACGAUAUGGACGCCGCGUCCAGGCAAUCCGGGUUUAUGCAGCGGCAAUUUGGAGCCAUGAUGCAGCCCGGGGUGAAUAAGUUCUCCUUGCGGAUGUUCGGGAGUCAGAAAGCCGUGGAGAAAGAGCAGGAGAGAGUGCAGACGGCUGGAUAUUGGAUCAUUCACCCCUAUAGUGAUUUUAGGUUCUACUGGGACUUGAUAAUGCUCAUCAUGAUGAUGGGGAAUCUAAUUAUCAUUCCUGUGGGAAUUACCUUCUUUUCCGAGCAAACUACCACCAGCUGGCUCAUCUUCAACGUGGCCUCGGACACCAUCUUCCUGGUGGACCUGGUCAUGAACUUCAGAACUGGAAUUGUGAACGAGGAGAGCUCGGAGAUAAUCCUGGACCCAAAGGUCAUUAAGAUGAACUACCUGAAGAGUUGGUUCGUGGUAGACUUCCUGUCCUCCAUCCCGGUGGAUUAUAUCUUUCUAAUAGUAGAGAAAGGCUUUGAUUCGGAGGUCUACAAGACGGCCCGAGCGCUGCGUAUCGUCCGCUUCACCAAAAUCCUCAGCUUGCUCCGUCUUCUCAGGCUUUCACGCCUCAUCAGAUACAUCCACCAGUGGGAGGAGGUGAGGGGACAGUGUGUGUAUGAGUGUGUGAGUGAACGAACUAUGACACAGAUGGCCUUUAGUAACACGCUUAGGAUUUGUUAGCUUCCAGUAUGAACAAGAAGAGAUGCCAUUACA